UAUGGUUAAUUAAUAAUUAAAAUUAUUGUAGGAAAAUUAUGAAAAUAUUGGAUUAUUGAAAAUAAAUUUUCAUAUAUAUUAUAUACCCUACUUUCCAAAGUUUAACCCUCAAAUUAUUUUGGGGAAAAAAAUUAAUUUUGACGAAAAAAGUUGAACCGGGUCGAUUAAGCAAAUGAUAGUAAUUCUUUUUCGUCUCCGACGAUGGCCGAAUAACACAGUAAAAAUCUCUCCCGGAGGACGACGGUGUUCAACUAAAACCAUUUUCAUUUUUUUCUUCUCCAUUAUUCCAAAAACCGUCUAAUUUCAAUCCGUAAUUCUAUUUUUUAACAUCAAACUUUGUUUGAUUGAUGAAUCAGUAUUCAAUUCUUCAUCGAUCUUUACCUUCAUCAUAGUUACUCAAAUCUUUACUUUUUUGGGGUAUUUAACGUAUAAUAAUUUGCGGCUACUUUUUUUUUUUUUUGUGGUAGUUUAUAUAAAUUUUUCUCAAAUUAUGUCAUUAAUUGAGAAUUCAUUGGAGAGUUUGAAGAUAGGUAAUUAGUAAAGUUUCGAGAAAUUUUAUCCAAUUUUCAAUAAUUGAGCUUUUGGGUGAUGGGGUUACAGUCUUCUGGGUUUGGGGAUUCAAUACCUAAAUGAGGAAAACGCCUAAAUUCUAGAAAGUUUUAAUUGAAUUUAGAGGUUAAAGAGGAAGAAGAGUAUGUUGGAAAUUUAGCAUUGGAUUUUAUUGGUCAUAAUUUAUUGCUAGUUGGUUUUCUCUAUGAAUGAAUUUAGCCGGAGCAACGGUGGCGAGCAUUUGGAUGAACCACCGUCAUCCUCGCCGUCAGUUCUUUCUGGGUGGUGUCCCCGUCGACUGGCUUUUGUUCCAUAUUCAUUGUCUCAAGAAACGAGUAACAAGCCUAAAGCUUCAAGGGCUGUUGUUAAAAGACCUUUGGUGACGAAACUCACGAAGCACAUUGUUGAAACCUAUCAAGUGUGCAAUGCUGAAUUCCGGUUUUCUGAUAAACUAAGGCGCAAGAGGUUCUUAACAAGUCCAGCAGAUGGAGUGCUUAAUGAGGGCCAUGACAAUGAAAAUUCGGACCUUAUUCUUUCCGUGAAUGAUGUCUUGGUCAAUUCUCUUACACAACGAAGAUAUAUUGUGAAAGAUAUUCUGGGACAUGGGACAUUCGGACAGGUUGUCAAGUGUUGGCUGCCUGAAACUAAAAGUUAUGAAGCAGUCAAGAUCAUAAAGAACCAGCCUGCAUAUUAUGUGCAAGCACUGGUUGAAGUUCAAAUCUUGACAACGUUAAACAAAAAGCUUGAUCCUGAGGAUAAACAUCAUAUUGUUCGUAUUAAUGAUUCCUUCGUCUUUAAGUGUCAUCUGUGUAUUUCUUUCGAAUUGCUAGAUACAAACUUGUACGAGCUGAUAAAAUACAACAAAUAUCAAGGGUUACCAUUGAAUCUUGUGCAGCUGUUCUCAAAGCAGAUUUUGCGGGGUUUGGAAUUGAUGAAAGAUGCUGGUAUAAUUCACUGUGAUCUCAAGCCAGAAAACAUUCUUCUGUGCACAAGUGUGAAACCAGCAGAAAUAAAAAUUAUCGAUUUUGGAUCUGCCUGCAUGGAAGAUAAGACUGUCUACUGUUAUAUUCAGAGUCGUUAUUAUAGGUCCCCAGAAGUGCUUCUUGGCUAUCCAUAUAAUACUUCCAUUGACAUGUGGUCAUUCGGUUGUGUUGUUGCUGAGUUGUUUCUUGGCAUUCCUUUGUUUCCUGGAGCAUCAGAAUUCGAUCUUCUUAAAAGGAUGAUCCGCAUACUCGGGGGUCAACCGCCUGAUUAUCUACUAAAAAAUGCGAAAAGCACGAACAAGUUCUUUAAGCUUGUUGGAAGUGUUGAUCAUAUAGAAGCUGCAUUGGGGAAAAGUGUUUACCAAGCAUUAUCCGAGGAAGAGUAUGAAGCAAGGGAGAAGAAAAGGCCUGUGGUUGGAAAGGAAUAUUUUAAUUUUAUGAAUCUUGAAGAAAUUGUUGCAACCUUUAGUAGGAAAAACUUAUCUAAAGAAGACUCAAUCAAAGAGAGACAGUUAGCUCUUACGGAUUUUUUAAGGGGACUUCUUGAGUUUGAUCCUGCAAAACGGUGGUCUCCAAAACAGGCUUCGAAACACCCAUUUCUAACAGGAGAGCCAUUCACAAGCCCUUAUAAACCACCUCAGGAGACUUCUCGUGUACCGGUUAGCCCAGUUUCACAAAACUUCAAGAUGGACCAUCAUCCUGGUCGAGGGCAUUGGUUUGCUGCGGGUCUGUCUCCUAAUGUUAUAGGGCAGACUUUAUCGAUGCAUGCUGCUCCACACCUUCAGAUGCCACCGCAUGCACAUUGCAACAGUUAUGGUAGUUUAGGAAGCCAUAAUAGUUAUAAUGAUGGCAGUAUACUUGGUAGUAGCUUUGGGAGUUAUGGGGAUAAUUUUAAUACAUUUACAUAUUUCUCACCUGUUGGUCCCUCUGGAUUGAAUUUUCAAACUCAAGGUGGUAUGACAAUGUCUGGAACUAGCCCAGAUGCAUGGUGGAGAAAUUUUCAUCAACCUCAAGGACUUGGUGUGAGUCCACCUGCUGGAAAUUUUGCACCAUUACCCCUUGGAACUAGUCCUUCCCAAUUUACUCCUCCUGGCAUUUUUAAUCAAAAUUCUGGUUCUUCUGGGCAUUAUGGUGCUUCUUCUCCAAGUUGGGGAAAUUUUCAGGGUUCUCCCCUGGGAAAAGGUGUUGCUGCUAGUAAUUUCAGUCGAAAGAACGGUUGGGGAUUUUCGGGAUGUGUGCAAUCUCAAGAGGGUAACUCACAGACACCUGCCGGUCCCCUACAUAUGCCUAUAAACUCCAACACAUCGAGUUGGAAGCACCCACCUGGUAGUAGCAACAUCUGUACUGAUCAGUCACUUUCCUAUAUUCCAUGUUCUGUUUUGCACGGUCCAAAUAUGCAAUUUUCUCAAUCUAAAGGAUCUGCUGAUGAGAAGCUUGAUGUGACAGCAUUGCCUGACCCUGGUGAUUGGGAUCCAAACUAUAGCGAUGAACUACUAUUGCAAGAUGAUAAUUCUGAUUUGAACAGCAUCACUUCCGAGCUUGGUAAAACGGUGCAUAUCAGUCAAGCUGCCGCAUCAUCUCAGAAUUGUGGAAUCAGAAAAUACAGCCAUGAUUCUAAUACAAUGCCUAAUUCAUCAUGGAGGCCCAAUGGACCUAUCCAAGGGUUUUCUAAACCAGAAUUAAGCAGUCCACCUUCUACAUACAAUACGCUUCUUGGGCAUCGGCAUUUCAUGUCAAGGCCUCCACAAUAUAUGUCACAAUUGUCACCAACGUCACUCAAUCGUAUGGGUCAGCCACCUAUCCAGCGCACCAAUCAUGGAAGAUCAUCUGUUAUAUAUGGGAAUGAGGGUAUUCAUCCGAAACCUCCUCACAGUUCUUUUAGCUAUGACCCUGUAAAUGCACACGCUUUUGGAAGUAACUCUUUCAAUAAUGGUGCAACAUUCGGUCGAAGAACAAACCUGCUUGUCAACCUUCCCCCAUCAUCUCGUGGAAGAAAAGACUAUGGAAGGAUAUCGUGAUUGGCUGAUCGCAGCUGCCAAAUUUUUUCGUCCACCAUCUUGUUUGGAGCUGGCAUGGAAGCUCUCCAGUUUGGUUCCAGCCAAUGUGAGCUUGUGCUGUAGUAUUUCCCAUCAUUAAAAUGCUAGUUCAGUCUGUAGUAGCUAUAGUUCAUGGCAUUUAUUUAAAUUUUGAAGUUUUCUUCUGCUUUACUUUGGUGUUCCUUGUCUCUAAUGCAAUGUGCAUCAUUUGGAAGAAAUUUUUGGCUCUUAGUAAUGCUAAAGUUAAAAUUUUUCA